UGAGACUCCUCCAUCGCGUACUUGCUCUCUCGCCUCAACUCCACUUUUAGGGUUUCGCUUCGCAGCGCCACAGAGCCAUGGCGAAGGCGUGGGGCGGUGGCUCAUGGGCAGUCGAGGCCGAGCUCGCGGACCAGGAGGCCAAGGAGCGCGAGGCCGCCGUUUACAAGGCGCCGGGCGGCGUGAAGGAGGAGGCGUUCCCCUCGUUGGGGGAGUCGCUGACCACGAAGCCCUCCAAGAAGAAGAACAAGCCUCAGACGCUGUCGAUCUCGGAGAUUAUGACCGGGAAGUAUGUCGGUCCUGGUGGCAAGCAGCGGAGCUCGUACACGGAGAGCCAGAAGCUGACACCGCAGGAGUUGAUGUUGCUACCCACCGGACCGCGCGAGCGAACGGACGACGAGGCGCCAGCCGGUGGGCUCGGGGGCGGGUUCAGGGAUUACGGGGGGAACCGCGGGGGAGAUAGAGGCGACAGGGGUGGCGAUAGAGAGGAUCGCCGUGGAGGAUUCGGUGGAGGGUACGGGGGCGACCGAGAUAGGGAUAGGGGAGAAGGCGGCUAUGGUCGCGACAGGAGCAGGGAGCGCGACGAUGGACCCUCUCGCGCUGAUGCGGAUGACAAGUGGGGCGCGGCGAAGAAGUUUGUGCCGUCGCUGCCGAACGACCGCGGCAGCGAGCGCGGUCACGAUAGGGGUGGAUACGAGGAGGAUCGCGGGCGCGGCGGGAGAGUGAGCGACCGGGACAUGCCUUCGCGUGCGGACGAGGUGGACAACUGGGGGUCGACGAAGAAGUUUAUGCCCGCGCCUGCGCCAACGGGCGGUGAUGGGUACAGCGAGCGAAGGUCGAGUGGCAGAUAUGACGAGCGGAGGGUGAGCAUGGGAGGGUUCGAGGACCACCCUCGCGGUGGAGAUCGGGACCUGCCGUCUCGCGCGGACGAGGUGGACAACUGGGGCAAGAGUAAGAAAUUCGUGCCAAGUGCUGCUCCGCCAAGCCGGGGUAUGGGGAGCGGAUUCGACUCGACAUACAGGGAGGCUGGUGCGGAUGCCGAUCGGUGGGCACGGAAGGACCCUGUAGCUCGAGAUCCGGAGCAGCCUCGGAUGUCCGAGAGGCCCCGGCUGAAGCUGGCGCCACGGAGUGUGCCUUUGGACAGUCCACCCCGGCCCAGCUCAGCCGACGUGAACGGGGAGAAGGGUGGAGGCGGCGGGUUGGAGGGUGAGCAGCAGUCAUCUCCAGCACAGAAGCCGAAGCCGCGUCUGAAUCCUUUUGGGGCGGCUCGGCCUCGGGAGGAGAUAUUGGCGGAGAAGGGGCAGGACUACCGGAAGAUCGACGCAGAACUGGAGGUGCCUCGGGAGAGGUUCGGAAGGCCGGGGAGCAGUCACUCGACCCGGCCUGGGAGCAGUCAGUCCACGCGGGUUGGGAGCCGACCAGGAACCCCCGGGGGUGUGUCGAGCAGACCUCAGACCCCAGACGUGCCUCGAGCGAGAGCUGGUUCAAUUGGCGAGGCACGACCGAGGGACAUGAACGUGAUCGAGGAGAGGGGCAAUGACUCGCAGACGCUGAACGUGGAUCUGGAACGGCAGCUUGCUUCGGAGAGUGGUAACGAGGGCCUGGAUUAAAGUGCUUCUAGUUUUGAAGUGUAAUUGUCGAGGUGUUAAAUUUCCUGAGACGUAUUUAGUUUCAUCUAACGUUAUAUUCUGCAAUGGAGUAUGUAAGCCCACAAAUUUUCGGAUAGGUAAUUAUGCAAUGAUCAAUAUAAUGGUCACUAUAGAGAUUACUUAGGUUUUGACGUUCCCUGCAGUCGAGAGCUUUGAACCGCUAGUGUUUACGGCUGCGAUAUUACGGGACAACUGUGAUUUUGUGGGUGCUGUAGGCAGUCUUAGGUCUUUUGUAACCUUAGUUACCUUCUUUACUUUAAUUUAUUAAAAUUUGGCGACCAGAAAUAACGUUCGUUCUGGGUCGAAAGGUAUAUUA